AUGGUUGAGGCUUGCCAACAAAUCUUAAGUUUUGAGCUAAACUUUACACAAGUUGUCGGAUUGGGCAAGGUUGCACAAAACUGGGCCGAGGGCAAUGCUAGUCGUGACUCGGGCUGCACGCGGUCAUUGGGCUGCGUGGUUUCUCAGACCGAUUGUGCGGGAGCUGCCAUGACUUGGGCUGUGCUGCGGAUGCUGGGUCGUGUGGAUGUUCUCGGACCGCAUAAGAGGCAGGUCGGGAAAGUGUUGGAGCCUUGUUGGCAAAUAUCUGGCAUGACUAUGGCUUGCAAAUUGGCCGAUCGCUUGUUUGAACAAACCCUAGAGGUAGGUCGAGAAAGUAUUGGAGCCUUAAUGGCAAAACUCGACAUGACUAAUGCUUUCGAGCUAGCCGUUUGCUUGUUUGAACGACCUCAGGGGUAG